UUUAUUGAGAAUACAGCAGUUAGCAUAUGCUUUUCACACUCACUCACUCACUCACUCACUCACUCCCACCAGUCUAUGUUUAUAGUUACCAGUCCAGAAUCUGGAUCAAUCUAGUGGCCAGCCAGAUUGGUCGCAGAGGGGAGCUGGGCUCUGUCAGUUGUGAUCCGAUGCUCCUGGAGUACUGACAAGACAAACCCAAAGUCCCAUGGUAAAGCACCCUGUUCUUACAGUCUUUUUUCCUCUGUUGAAGUCUAUGGAUUUUGCUGUGUCACUUUAUGACCGGUUACUCCUUAACUGGUGUUAUCUUUUGAUGUAAACAUUCCAAAACACCUCCGAGAGGAUCAUCCUGUCCCGGAUUUGAAUUAAUCAAUUGUCUUUAGGGGUGCCAGCCUCCACCUCAUGGUCAUCAAUCUGCCCUUCCUCACUUAUGGAUGCACGUUGAUGGUUCUCUGGUGUCAAUAAGUCUCAAUAUGUGUCUUCGCUCCUCCUUUCUUGACUAUCUGGUUAACAGUGGCCUUCACACCUUAUCUUUUCCUGAUGCAUGCAUUCCUCAUUCACACAAACAGUCUUUUACAGAGACCUUUGAGAAUACAAACAGCAGUAUUUCAUAUCGAGCAAAAAGACAUUGUAAAUUAAACCUUGCUAAGUUUUAUAACCAAAACAAUUCCCAUUGAGGCCCAGGCCUUUAAUGUUCCUUUAAUCAACUUAACAUCGACACAAUACAGAAUCCUGUCUCUUAAGAACUAAACCUUAAAACAAAGAACUAAAAAAGGGCCCAAUUUGUAAUGCAUAUGGGAAACAGAAUCCCAUAGUUCCAGAGGGUCAUUCCUUUCUGCUAUUCAAAAAGGGUGGCUGGCAGGAUGAAAUCAAAUCAUACAUUAAUUCUCAUAGUACAAUUAUAAAAUCCUGCUCCUACAAUCUAAUGGUCCCUUUUCACCUUAAACUUGGAAGUGAACUUCAUGUCUGACUUUUAUCAAAACAAUGGGCUGAACCAAAGUCCCAAAUAUAAACAACCUCAAGCUUUGGGGAAGUUUUGAUCUAAAACGUGCACCUUGGCCCAUCUCCUGCAAUAAAAGACAAUGAUUCAAGUCUGUCUUUGGUGUGUGACGGGUAGGGGUAAAGGCAGUUAGAGAUCAAGAGAUCCAGUGCCACAGAGUCAACCCAUUGUGUGCACAAAGGCACAUCCUACUACCGAAACUGUUCAUGGAAAUCAGUCUUGUGUGUGAGAAGGGCUGAGUGCAAACUUUAUACGUGCCUAAGGAAGGCUCUUUGGAAUAGGCCCUCUGGCCCCGCGACUGAAGGUGUGGGCGAGAGUGUAGAGGGAUUUCCUGUAAUGCGUCAUUCAAAUCAAAGGACCCACCCUAGCUACAGAUUAUUAUUCAGUUUGAGUUUGCGAAGGCUUUUAUGUUGUUUCCUAUACCAUCGCCAGCAGACAGUACUUGGCGCAGACAUGGUGUUGCAUAGUUUUGUAUGUUUUUUUUUUUUUUUAAAGUUUAACUGCUUUGGGAAGGCACUACGUUUUUGGCUACGUUUUUGUUUAGGAUAUGGAGAGACUGGAGAGGAAAGAACCUCUUGCAGGUGUGAGAGUUGCUAGGAUCCUAAGGCAGACAGCCACCUCAGUAGGAAGACAGUGCGGAAGAAAUGAGUAACUUAUGAAACGGGAUGAAAUUAAAAUUUACAUCUCCCUCUUUGGGACCCUGAUGAGAGAUGUAUGGUCACUGCUAGAAGAUGCAGGAUUUCACACAGACUAUGACUAAUAAUUCUAAUGAGUGCACCAUUAAUCACAGCAUACACCAGACUUUAUCCCCCACUAUAUACAUACUUGUCUUUGUAGUAGGUCUCCCAGCUAACUGCCUCUCGCUGUACUAUGGGUACCUACAGAUCAGGGCCAAAAACGAACUGGGGAUCUAUCUGUGCAAUUUGACUAUAGCAGACCUGUUCUACAUCUUCUCUUUGCCUUUCUGGCUCCAGUACGUUUUGCAGCAUGACAACUGGACCUACGACGAAAAUCUGUGCAAAAUCUGUGGCAUACUCCUGUAUGAGAACAUCUACAUCAGUGUGGGCUUCCUCUGCUGCAUCUCCAUUGACCGCUAUCUAGCAGUGGUACAUCCUUUUCGUUUCUAUCAGUUUCGGACAAUAAAGGCUGCUGUGGUAGUGAGCAUCAUAAUCUGGGGCAAGGAAAUUCUGAUGAGCUGGUUUGUCUUUAAGCAUGCUGAUAUUAGUAAGGAUGCAGACAGUCAUAUGAUAUGCUUUGAACAUUAUCCCAUCAAAGAUUGGGAGCACAAUACCAAUUACUACCGCUUCUUUGCUGGUUUCCUUUUCCCCUUCUUCCUACUGCUCUUUUCUUACUGUGGCAUUUUACGAGUUGUCCGCAAGAGCCAUGGUACUCAAAAGAAGACAAAAAUCCAAAUUAAACGUCUGGUUUCAAGCACAGUUCUCAUUUUCUUGGUUUGCUUUGGACCAUACCACAUCCUGUUGGUAAUUCGCAGCUUAUUUGAGAACAACUGCAAGUUUGCAGAGAAAAUCUUUAAUAUUUACCACUUUUCUCUCUUGUUGACUAGUUUUAACUGUGUUGCUGACCCAGUAUUGUACUGCUUUUCCAAUGAGACCACCUACCAGAAUUUUGUCAAAAUGAGAGACUCUGGUUUAACAUGCCUAAGAUGUUUAAGGACUAAACCCCAGGUAUCCUACCAGCUGAAAACUCCAGAAACCCUCAGAAAAAGCAACAGUGUACCAGUUGAAGAGCCAGAGUUAUUAAACAAACUACAUACUGUUAAUGAAAUGAAAGAUUCUUCCAUCGCCAGUAUAGACAGACUUUAGCACCCAUUAGAAAGGUAGACUGAUCUAAAGUUUCCAGGUCUAAGUUUGGGCUUCAGUCUUUGGUUUAUAAAUGUAUUGCAACUGCUUUACAUUCUAAAGAGCUUAAUAACUCAUCAGUACUGUAAGCAGAGCUGAGUUGAUACUCUUUCCACAGGGGGAAUUCCUUAGUUCCCUUGAGUAACCUGGGUCUUGACAUAGGGCAGGGAAAAUAUACACCAGGUCAGUUUAGCUCAGGUCACAUGUAUAUAUUACUGACUCAGUAUAGCGCUAGUCAUGGGGAAACUGCUUUUCUGAUGACUGGACUGGCUGAAAUAAGAUGUUAGUGGUGUGAAUUUUCCAUAAUGGUCUUUAAUUGCUGAUUGUUUGUCCAUGUAUUGACUAUAUGAGAAAGCUGUCAAACUCUGCGAUCACCUUGCUGAAAAGGUGGAAGAUGGAACAAAUUAUGUAAAAUGAAGUGAUAAACAUUUCCCAAAAGAACAUUUUUUUGUAUAUGUGUAUGAUUUCUGUAACUUUGUCCCAAUCAUCCUCACGCCAUGCAACAACCAGUGAGCAGGGAAUGCAAAGACACAGCCAAACUAAAAAAGCAAAGAAACAAGCCAACAAAAUCAUGAGGGAUAUAUUAGAAGAGAAUUCACAAUGAAGCUUGUUUCCAUAACUGAUUGUUUAGUUAAUGUCUGUUGUGUCUUGAGCCACUGCUCUUUGGGCUUGGUCCAGUGCCACUGAUUCCCACUGACUUCAGUGGACACUCGAUCUGGAACUUAGUGGGCAAUUUAUUUAUUCCAUGGACUUCAAAGGAAGCAUUAGUUUGGGGGCACAGAUAGAGUUGACACCACAUGCCAGUGCACUGAUUCACAGUAUUUGAGGAUACACAUUCAUUUAAAUCCAUACUCCGCUAACCAGUUUAAAAUUUGAAUUGUUGUGUUUUUCCAUGUUUCUGGUGUUUUGUGCAGCACAGAGCAUAAAGGCACUUAAAUUACAAUAAAUUGUAGGGCAGACAGCGUGUUGAACAGGAUGAGUUUAACUUCUGUGUUCCCCAACAGAUUUUUUUAAAAUUCUAUAGUUUGAUUUGUUAUAAAGGGAACCACUUUUUCUGGAAUGCAGUGUCAAAAUGCAUUGUAUGUAAAGUGAUCCAUAAUGGCUUUUGGUUUACACAGAGGGACCAGAAAAAACAUAGGGAGUUACUAUUCUACAACGAAAUGUAUUAGCAAUAAAAGAAUGGAGAAUCGCAUAUGUAUAGACUCCCACAAUGCUUCCUACCCACAUCUUGUUUCUUAUACAUCUUUGCUUUGCUAAUCAAUACUGCCUCACCUUUACUUCAUCUCCUUUUUGAAGUCUAACUUUUGUGCCUUCUUGCCUUCUGCCCCUUACACCCUAAAAUCCCACCUGCACUGUUGAUCCUGGCAUCCACCUUCUGCUUUCAAAGUUCUCCUUAAAACACACUAAUUCUGUGCAGUGCAACACACAGACAGACAAUAACACACAGCAAUGUAAAUACCCAAUAUAUUUAAAAAGACAUUCAAAGGCAGACCUUUUGCAUCUUGUGUCUGAUUUGUGUUGUCUGUAUGCUUAACAAAUAAUACAUACUGAACGCUGCACUGAAAAUCACUGUGAAAG